AGGAAAGGAUCUUCUUCCGUCUCUGCUCUGUUCUGUUCUUCGUCUGCCAGUGUUUGUCUGCACAUGGAAUCCCCUGUUCCUGCGCUACACAUUUCUUUACAUUAUUAGAACAAAAGGAACAGAGGACGUAAUGGAGUGUAUUUCUUUAUGCGCUCUUACUUCUUAGCCAUGUGAUGAUGCCUGCUUUUGCAAGCAACAACAGCUCACCCUUCUCCACCUUCUCCUUCUCCUUCAUCAUCAACUCCCCCCUAGCCCACCACUCACUCAUUUCCCUCAGCCCCACAACUCAGCAGUGCGUUGCCCUCGACAUCGUCCGGUCCAUUUCUCGCCUGCUCCCUCUUCUCUGGUUAGCCGGGUGCUGUUGGUUUCAAGUUCCGGGGAUGGAGGUUGAAGAGUGAUGAUUCUUUCACUGAUGUGAUGCAAGCUCGGGAAGAACAGCUCCUUCUUCAGCUCUCUAGGCCGAUCGACUCUUCUCGAACCACCUGCCCUUUGCUUUCCAAGAAAAUGGAGAGAAAGUUGCUAGUUUUCCUGGUUGUUUCCUCGAUUUGGUCGGUCUUCUUACCCUUCGUAUUGGCAAACCCGGUUGAGGACAAGCAAGCUCUGCUCGAUUUCCUUGAGAGUAUCUCUCACUCUCCCCGACUGAACUGGAACAAGGACUCCUCCGUUUGCCAGUCUUGGACCGGAGUCAAAUGCAGCGCCGAUGAAUCUCGAGUCAUCGCUCUCCGAUUACCAGGAGCCGGCCUCCGAGGCAUCAUCCCACCAAACACUCUCAGUCGUUUAACGGCAAUUCAGCUACUGAACCUGAGAAUGAACAGGCUGUCAGGUUCUUUUCCUCCAGAUUUUUCGAAUUUCAGAAACUUAACUGGCCUGUAUCUGCAGCGGAACAAUUUCUCCGGCCCACUGCCUCAGGACUGGUCUGUAUGGAAAAAUCUUACUGUUCUCGAUCUGUCCUACAAUCAUUUCGACGGUAGCAUCCCGUCUUCAAUCUCAAACCUGACGUACCUUACGUACUUCAAUCUCGAGAAUAACUCUCUCUGGGGCGAAAUCCCCGACCUGAUCCUUCCCCAACUGCUGCAGCUAAAUGUUGCGAACAACCACCUCACUGGCCCUGUACCCCCUUCCCUUAAGAGGUUCCCGAGCUCAGCGUUUCUUGGGAACAACGUCUCGUUCGACUCGGAUGCUGUUCCCCCUGCUCUCCCUCUUCAGCCCCCAACAGCUCAGCCAAAGAAGGAAAACAAGAAGCUCACGGGGUCCGCACUGCUAGGAAUCGUGAUUGGAGCAUGCGUAGUGGGUUUUACAGCAUCCGCAGUGCUCAUGAUAUGUUGCUGCUCAAACAGGACAAGCAGCGCGGAUGGGCCCAAUGCAGGUGCUACGGAGAAGAAGCAGAGGAAGGUUUCUUCUAAGAAGAAAGGAGGAGCAGCCCUGGAGAAGCCGGACAAAGAGGAGAAGCAGCUCGUGUUCUUCGAAGGGUGCAAUUACGCAUUCGACCUCGAGGACUUGCUCACAGCCUCAGCAGAGGUGCUUGGAAAGGGGACCCACGGGACGGCCUACAAGGCGGCUUUAACGGACACAACCACGGUAGUAGUCGUGAAGAGGCUGAAGGAAGUGGCUGCAGGGAGGAAGGAGUUCGAGCAGCAGAUGGAGAUGAUCGGAAGAAUUCGGCAUGAGAACGUGGUCCCACUGAGGGCGUACUACUGCUCCAAGGACGAGAAGCUGCUUGUCUAUGAUUACUAUAGUCCAGGGAGCGUCUCGUCUCUUCUGCAUGGUGGUAGAGGAGGGGAAGGGAGAGCCCCACUGGAAUGGGAAACCAGGCUCAAGAUUGCCAUUGGGACUGCAAGGGGUCUUGACCUCAUCCACAAGCAGAAUGGCGGGAAGCUCGUCCACGGAAACCUGAAGGCCUCUAACGUCUUCCUGAACUCCAAAGGGCAUGGGUGCAUCUCUGACGUAGCCCUUGCCCCAGUGAUGAAUCAAGUCCCUCCACAGCUAGUGCGUAUCACCGGGUACCGCGCCCCAGAGGUGACAGAUUCUCGGAAGCCGACCCAGGCCUCAGAUGUGUACAGCCUUGGGGUGAUUCUACUGGAGCUUCUCACUGGUAAGUCACCUGUGCAUGCCACCGGCAGCGAUGAGGUGGUCCAUCUGGUCCGUUGGGUCCAUUCUGUGGUGAGAGAAGAGUGGACCGCGGAGGUCUUUGAUGUUGAGCUUCUUAGAUAUCCAAACAUCGAGGAGGAGAUGGUGGAGAUGUUACAGAUUGGGAUGGCAUGCGUCGUAAGAGUGCCCGAACAGAGGCUGAAGAUAUCAGAUGUAGUUGGAAUGGUGGAGGGUAUCCGUCGGAUGGGCUCCACUGACCCGCCAACAUCUGAGAUCAAAUCAGAGCAUUCGAGCUCGACUGCCACGCCGGUGGCAGCUGAGGCAGCGUCUUCUUCAGCUUUGCAGGCUCAAAUAGCAUCAGCUGUGAUUAUACAGCCUCAAGUAGGCUCCUCGGCAGCUUCUCAGUCUCAAGCAGGAUUACCUUCAGCGACUACACAUGUAUGUAUGGACAUCGUCCUAGUUCAGCCCUGGAGUCUCCUGAAGGAGGCUCUUCAAUUGCGUGUAAAGUUCCUCUUAGAUAUCGCACCUGCUUUGGUAACUGUACAUCUGCAGAAUGCAAUAGCUACUUCCUUGUCAAGGACAAAUCGGCUAGUUGAUGCUUCAGAUCAUACCGUCUCUGUUAAUCCACAAGAACCAGACGAUGGAUUAGACAGCAAAGCUAAUCUCAAUUUUCUAGUGGAAAGAUGUUUGAUCCUGCAGUAUCUUCAUCACUCCACCAUCUCAUUUUUGCCAUUGAAAGUUUCUUGUGACAAUGGACAGAAGAUCUCUCUCGGAAGGAAAUCCCAGGGACGGGGGAGCUACUCACGGCUCAGUGGAGGUGACAUUGGGCCUGAGCCCCCUAAACAGUCUACAAAGCGCGAACUCGGUAAGCUCAUGUUCCCUCAGGACUGCGGUUACAAAUUUGAAAUCGAGGACAUGUUAAGGGCAUCGGCAGAGGUGCUUGGCAGAGGCUCUUUCGGGACAUCAUAUAAGGGGAACCUGGAGGAUGGGCCCACGAUUGCUGUCAAAAGGUUGAAAAUGGCAAAUACAGCCACAACCGAGUUCGAGAAACUGACAGAAAAGAUAUCGAGUAUUAGGCACGAGAAUGUAGCUACCUUGCGGGCGUACUACUGUGACAAGCACGAGCGGCUUCUUGUUUAUGAUUACUAUGAUCGAGGAAGCAUGUCAUCUCUUUUACAUGGUAAAGAAGGUAAGGUUGUGGCUCCUAUGACCUGGGAUAAUAGGCUUAAAAUGGCCAUUGGAGCAGGCAGAGGCAUUGUUCACAUCCACAGGCAAGAAGGUGGGAAACUCUUCCAUGGGAACUUAAAGCCCUCGAAUAUCCUUGUAAAUUCUCAAGGAUACGGAAUUGUGUCAGACGUCCUCUUCCCGUCUCUGAUGAACCAUGUUGAGCGGCAACCAACCACCAAAUACGAGGCCCCCGAAGUUGCAGUGAAUGGGCGGUCCCAGCAAUCAGAUGUUUACAGCUUCGGGGUCCUUUUGCUGGAGCUUCUCGUUCGGAAGUUUGAGCCCGCCCCGAGCAAUGGUGAGUUGAGAGACUUUGUUCAAUGGGGGAAGGGUGUGAGUAGAGAGGUGGACAACGGAGAAAUCUUUGAUAUCCCUCUAAGGGAUCAACCGAGUAUACUGAAAGAGCUGCAGGAGGCAUUCCAUUUAGGGAUCCUGUGCGUGCAAAAAUUGCCUGAAGAGAGACCAAAGAUGGUGCAUGUGGUGUUUCUGUUGGAGGAAUUCUUGCACUGAGGACGAAGGAGGGAGAGCUAAGGAGGAAAAACUGUUAUUAUAGUUGUGAUUGGAAAGUGCUGAAUGAUGCUGUUGUAAAAUAAUAGCAACUCGAAAUACAAUUCAUGACCAUCGCGGCGUUGUCCAAUCUUUUUGGUCAAAUCCAACAUUGGAAUUCCUUUAUCAUAAAUUGUGCAAAGUCCAAGAAAAAAAAUGAGCAGCAUUCAAGCAAGCAAGCAGCGAUUCAUGAAACCCAACAGCAUCUGCUGAAAAUUUAAGCACAGCAAGAGCACUAGACUGUCGAGAGCAUGAACACAAGAUGCUUCGAAUAAUACAGUUGCAAAGUUGAGACAUCGUAUCCCUCGACCAUUACCGUGUUGGGAUUGUUUAUGUGGGAGGAGCCGCUUUGCUGUGUGAUGUUGCCAGGAUAUUUCAACAUCUUAAUCACCAACUGUUGUGUUUGAUGUGCAGUGAUCAAGCAGAGCAACAACAUUCUUUUGCUCCUGUCUUUGAUCUGCUGUGAUUAGCAAGCAAUAACAUUCUAUUUCAUUUUUUCCAUUGAAGGUUUCUUUUAACAAUGUAAAAUCAUUGACAUAGCAGUUGGUAGGAAGAGUAUCUUCAAUCUUUAGGAGUGUUUCCGAAUGGUCAAUGCCCUGUUUCUUCAUUUAUUUUAUUUUUUUUCACUUU